CGUGAGGGAACCGCGUAAUGAGAAACAACACUCAUAUUCUCUUCUUCUUACUCCUCCUCGUCUAUCGUCGUCUGCACCUUUGAAUGUUGAUUGUAUACUUUGGAUGAGAUGAGGGAUGCAGGUGUGAUCGAAAAUCGAAGAAACUGGGAGUGGGAAAUGGAUGAUAUUAUUGAUGAUGAGAUUGAAAUUGAGGAGGAAUUUCCCGAAAUAGAGGGAUUCCAGAUCCAACACAUUCUCGACGACCUCGAUUUCGAACAAGAAGAAGAAGAAGAAGAAUUAUUCCAUCACCCCUUUCUACACGAACAUAAUGCCAUUCCCAUUGACUCAUCCAAUGAAUUCACUUUCAAUACCAGUAUCGCUUCUUUGCACACAUAUCUCGGUGAUGUUGAAGACACGCGCCACAGGACCGCUUUCUUGGAUGGUGGUGCUAUUUUGAACCUUCCACUCUUUUCUCUUCAAGGAGUUGUACUCUUUCCUGGAGCUACUCUUCCCCUUAGGGUUACUGUUCCCCGUUUUGUGGUUGCUAUUGAGAGAGCUAUGAGUCAAGUUGAUGUUCCUUACACCAUUGGUGUGAUUCGGGUUCACAGGGAUAAUGGAAGUUUUAGGAAGAAAAUGGCAAGCAUUGGGACAACUGCAGUGAUUCGACAAUAUGGGCGUCUAGAGGAUGGUUCACUGAAUGUGGUUACCCGUGGACAACAACGAUUUCACCUAAGGCGGUGUUGGAAUGACGUGGAAAGAGGGCCUUAUGGAGAGAUCCAAAUUAUCGAGGAAGAUCUACCAUUGAGAACUCCGAGAGAUGCUUUUGACAAAUCAGCAUCAUCAAGUAAUAUGCUUAGCAGCCGUGUUAAAAUGUGCGGCUUAAAAAAUGGGGAAAAUGAUUCAGAAGCAAAUUCAGAUAAGGGUUUUGAGAGUGAGCUUUCACCAAUAGAAAGGAAAAUCCACCUACCAGCCAUUGGCUCAGAUCAGGCAAUAAGAUCCAAUUUGGAUUUGAGCAAUGGGAACUGUUCCACUUCUGGAAAGCAGUCAUCCAAAGAAGAGCUUAAUAGAUGCUAUAAGAAUAUACUAUCACAUAAAAUUUCAAAAGCAUUCUGGCCCCACUGGGUAUAUCGUAUGUAUGACUCCUAUACGCUUGCACAAAGGGCUGCAGAUAUGUGGAAGCAAAUAGUUGGGGUGCCUAGUAUGGAUAGUCUCAUCAAAAAGCCUGAUGUUUUAUCAUUUCAUAUCGCCAGUAAAAUACCUGUUUCUGAAUCUACAAGGCAGGAGCUUUUGGAUAUAGAUGGCAUCGCAUAUAGGUUGCGCAAGGAAAUUGAAUUGCUAGAUAGCAUUGAUCUUAUCCGAUGUAAAAUAUGCCAAACUACAGUUGCGAAGCGAAGUGAUAUGUUGGUGAUGUCAAAUGAGGGUCCUCUUGGUGCCUAUGUGAAUCCCGAUGGUUACGUGCAUGAGAUAAUGACUCUUUACAAGGCCAAUGGGUUAUCUCUCAUUGGGCCAGCAGUUACAGAAUACAGCUGGUUUCCUGGAUAUGCAUGGACAAUCGCUAAGUGUACCAUAUGUAGAACCCAAAUGGGAUGGCUUUUUACAGCAACCAGCAAAAAACUGAGGCCCAAUUCAUUUUGGGGUAUCCGGAGCUGUCAAGUUGCAGAUGAAAUACGCCGAAACCUUUAGUUCUAGUGAUGUAGUAGUGGCCAUAUAGUUACAAGUUUUAUACGAAUACGUUUAUCUAGCUUAGUGUGGAAACCCUUGUUCAUAAAGCACUAGAUGGUGCAAUUAUGUAUAUAAUAUAUAAUCCAGGGCAAUGUUGGGAGUGGUUAUAUGAGUUUUUAGUUAAAUAUGUCGUAAACGUAGCCUGUUAUAUGAGUUUUUUAGUCGGGGAAAUAACUAUUUUUU